AUGGAUCUCUUUCUAUAUAACCCAACCUAUCAGAUCUGGAUCUGCACCGCGCCUCGGUGCCAGUACGCCAUCUCGCCUACUACUUUAGUCAGCCAUCUGCGGACACGCUAUCGCUCCCAUCCCAGCGCAGCCACCCCGGCACUCCAGCAGGCAGCGUUAACCGCUAUACUUCAGCGACCCUGGAUCAAUCCUGAGAUAGAAAUUAUCUGUCUCCCGUCUCCAAGUAGCCCUCCUAUUGUAGGUCUGUCUGUUUUCCGCGGCUACGGCUGCCUAUACUGUGAGUAUAUCUAUGAAAACUAUAUCGAUCGUGAUAGGGGACGACAAAAACGAGGCCGGGAAACAGCAGCUCAGACUCAAGCUAGGCUUCAAACCCGACUAGCAGAGCGUAUAGUAAGCUGCCAGCGCUUCUUUAUCAAUCGAGCCGCUAGUCGGUUUUUUGAAAGACUCAAGAAGACAGCCUCUCUGAAGACCCCAGCAGCUAUUAUCCGGGCCCGGGUCGAGCAGGCUCUUCAGGAAAGCCAAGCUACCGCAGAGCAGACCGAUGGUCAGAUCCCGAUCAUAGACCCGCACCCGACCGCGGUCUCCCCCUGGCUGGAGCUGACCCGGUGGCCGGAAUACCUGUGUAGUCAGGAUCUGACAGCAGCCUACCGUGUAAUCAAGGACGGCCGGAUUAAUGAAUUCGACCAGAUCCAGAUCAAUACCUUCUUCCGCCGACCGAGUAUUUGGAACCGACCAAUCCAGAUCCAUCUCCGGCCAAGGACCUAUCGCGAAUACUGUCGGGUCUGGCAGCGCCUAGUCUGCUUCGCCUACCGCAGUAGCCGGACCGAUCAGCCUAUCCCGCUCCGCCACCAGCUGACUACCGCCCAGUUUUGCCGCGCUCGAUCGGAUGGAGAUCUAUAG